AGCAAGUCGACAGGUGAACGACGCUCAAAGAUCACAAGCUUUUUACCAGACAGCCAUUUGAUCGCCGCCCCAAUCACGGAAAAGAUGGCGUUGAAAAUCCAUGCUCCGCGCAGAAUACUGUUUACGGUGUUCUUGGCGAUGCUGUUUCCCGCAAAUCAAGCCGUAGACCCAGGUGUUGUCAUCAAAACUAAGCUAGGCGCCCUUCAGGGGCUAACUCAGGUAAUUCCAAACGCCCACGGGUCUGUAACAGCCAUCCAUAAAUUUCUGGGAAUUCCCUACGCUGCACCGCCAAUUGAUGAGCUACGGUUUGCGCCACCUCAACCGCACCCGGGAUGGAAAGGCGUCCGCCAAGCGACACAAUUUAGAAGCAUCUGUAUGCAGAUGAUACACCAUUACAAUGUUUCUAUCCGGCAGGCUUGGGAAGGAUUCGCGGAGGCUGAAGAAAACAUUGGGGAGGACUGCCUGUAUCUUAAUAUCUAUACACCCCACAAUGCAACGAUAUCUCGUCAGCGUUAUCCAGUGCUCGCCUACAUUCAUGGCGGAGGGUUUUUCGCUGGGACACCCGUACGCGUCGUGUCACCUGGGGAAUAUUUACCUACUCGUGGAAUCAUUCUUGUCAGUAUUCAAUAUCGCUUGGGCCCCUUUGGUUUCUUCUCAACUGGCGAUUCCACUGCACCAGGAAAUUAUGGAAUGUUGGAUCAAGUUGAAGCACUGAAAUGGAUCCAGGGGAACAUUGAAGCCUUUGGUGGCGAUCCUUCUAAGGUGACGCUUCUUGGCGAGAGCGCAGGAGGUGCUAGCGUUAAUCUUCAUCUUCUUUCGACCCUGUCAAAGGGUCUUUUUCAUCGAGUUAUAAGCGAGAGUGGAAGCGAUCUAUCCCCAUUUGCCUUCCACGCAGAAUCAGGUGUGACCGAGGCUUCGAUGAGGCUUGCUGAGGAGUUAAGCUGUGUUAAGGAAAAGAACCACAUGUUAGCGUGUCUCCGCUCAAAAUCAGCGCAAGAUAUCUUGAAAAAGGCACACGAUUUUUUGUUUUACUUCCCUGUAGUUGACAAACAUUUCCUGGAAGAUUCUCCAAUAAACCUCAGAAGGGCUGGAAAAUUUCAAAAAUUACCAACCAUUGCUGGGUUCGUGAGCGAUGAAGGUUCUUUCUUGCUGAACAAAUCCUUAUCAAAAUACAAUAGCAAGAUUUUUAAAGAAAGCAUUGAAAAACAUAUAAUUAUUGGGAUGGGGCCUUCCAAAGACCAUAAGCCACUUAUAGUUGACGCUAUCGAAUUUCAGUACACCCACUGGCCAGGACAAAACAAUUCAGUGAAGAUUCGCCAAAGUAUUAUCGAUGCCCUGACAGACUACUACAUUGUGGCACCGACAUAUGCAAGCCUUCUCUACCAAAGCCAGGAAUCUCCAACAUGGCUCUAUGAGUUCCAGCAUCGUUCUGAUCACAGCCCCAAACAAGGCUGGGAAGGGGUAGCUCAUGGUGACAUCACAGCGUAUGUAUUUGGAGUUCCGCUUCUGAAUGGAUCUUCGCCACACCCGUACACUGAGGUCGACAGAAACAUCAGUGACUUCAUGGUAACAGUCUACACAAAUUUUGUCAAGUUUGGCAAUACAACACCGCAUCCUGUUCAUGGAAUCAAAUGGAGUCAAUUCCUUCCAAAUGACCAAAUGUAUCUCCGCGUGGAAGCCAACCCUGAGAUGUCAAAAGAUUUCAAGCCUUUAAAAGUUGCAUUUUGGAAUGAUUACCUGCCUGAACUCUCAAACUCUUUGUUAGAGAAACUCAGUAAAUGCUCAGGCCCGGACGUUAAGGCAACGCAAAGUCACAGCAGCUAUUUACACAAAGUUUCCCAUUGGCUCUUAUGUCUCAUGCUGUUUUGGGUAAAUAUUUGUUUCUUACUUUCAGUCAACUUCUUCUAA